UCUCACCGCUCUUUUUUUGAGAGAGAAGAGAAGAGAAACUCAGCCAUCGUCGUCUUCUUCCUCCGCGAAGGCGAGAGCUCAGGCGAGCUCGCGCGAUGGCCAUGGCGAGCCCCACCAACGGCGGAGGCGGAGGCGGGAACAAGGUGAUCAGCCUGCGCCUGCAGUACUACUGCGUGCUCGCGGCGGUGGUGGUGGCGGUCAUGGUGCUCUCGCUCGCGUUCGUCUCGCCGUCCGCCAUGGGCGCCGCCGUCAGGCAGAACCUCGGCUCCGUCGUCGCCGCCACCGCCGCCGCCGGAGAGGGAGCGGACGCCUCCGCCGCCGCCGCCGGAGCCGGAGUGGCGGCUACAACGGCCGCGGAGGAGGAGCGUGAGCAGGCGGCGGCGGCCGGGGUGGUGCUGUUCAACUUCGGCGACUCCAACUCCGACACCGGCGGCGUGGCGGCGGCGGGGGGGAUCCGGAUCAUGCCGCCGGAGGGCCGCACCUACUUCCACCACCCCACCGGCCGCCUCUCCGACGGCCGCGUCAUCAUCGACUUCAUCUGUGAGAGCUUGAAUACACGUGAACUGAACCCAUACCUGAAGUCAAUUGGUUCAGACUACAGCAAUGGUGUCAACUUCGCUAUGGCUGGCUCAACAGUAUCACACGGCGUCUCUCCCUAUUCCUUGAAUGUCCAAGUCGACCAGUUUGUGUACUUCAAGCACAGAUCCCUGGAGCUCUUCGAACGAGGGCAGAAAGGGCCAGUGAGCAAGGAGGGCUUCGAGAACGCUCUAUACAUGAUGGACAUCGGCCACAACGAUGUGGCUGGUGUGAUGCACACUCCAUCUGAUAACUGGGACAAAAAAUUCAGCAAGAUCGUCAGUGAGAUCAAAGACGCGAUUCGGAUUCUGUACGACAACGGCGCGAGGAAGUUCUGGAUACAUGGCACCGGCGCCCUUGGCUGCCUACCUGCACUGGUGGUGCAGGAGAAGGGUGAGCACGACGCCCAUGGCUGCCUGGCGAAUUACAACAAGGCUGCACGGCAGUUCAACAAGAAGCUGAGCCACCUCUGCGACGAAAUGCGGUUGCAGCUGAAGAACGCCACCGUCGUGUACACCGACAUGUUUGCCAUCAAGUACGACUUCGUCGCCAACCACACCAAAUAUGGGAUCAAGUGGCCGUUGAUGGUGUGCUGCGGCAACGGUGGGCCUCCAUACAACUUCAAGCCAGGGAAAUUUGGCUGCGAUGAUCUCUGCGAGCCAGGAUCAAAGGUGCUAAGCUGGGAUGGUGUGCACUUCACUGAUUUUGGCAGUGGCCUCGCGGCUAAGCUCGCGAUGAGUGGUGAGUACUCCAAGCCCAAAGUGAAGCUGGCAAGCUUGGUCAAUGCUGGCUCCAAUAAAUCAUCCGAUUCUUGAUGCCAAGAAACGAAUAAAUAUCAUCUGGAUGAAUCAUGGAUCCAUGGAUGGAUGAUGAUGAAUCGAUUCACAUUAUGAUGGUGAGUAAUGUGGAUUGAUGGGUAUGUCCCAACAGAAUUGGUUCUUACAUUGAUUAGCUCCUUUGUUGAUAAAAAAAGGCAAAGUAACAAUGGAGAGGCUCCUUCAGCUACAAAGUAGAGAAGUUCAUGGUUUUUUUUUUUUCUGAACUUUUGUGUUGAGUACAAAGAUUUUGUACUGUUGAUGUACGUGUAUAGACAAUUUUAUGGAAGCUGCAAGCUUCCAGACCUCAAGAAAAUUGAUGUAAGAUAGUUUUACUUUUAUCUCUUCAGAGGAAAAAAAAGGGGGCAGUGCAAGAACUCAAUAGCUUCCAAAUAAUCAUUCUGUUUUUAGUUUC